UUGUAAAAUUCCGCAGGGUUUAGGAGCUGGAACUUGAAAACAACGAAGGGUUGCAAACUAGAGCAACAGGGUUUUAAGAUUCACAAAUCACUUGAGAUACUCUUGUACACUUUCUACUACUGCAUUCAAAAAAUCAUGAAGCUUUUUCAAUCAAUCAAUGGGCAUGGUAGAAUUUUUCUGCGGUCAUUGGGUCGGCGUUACUAUGCUGCUCAACCUGAGGAAUAUGUUAGAAGAAAUUACGCCAACAAUGUUUCUGAGUACAAUACUGUUGUGGGUUCUGUCACUGCUCAGCGCAGGCAUUUCUUGUUAAGGGAUGUUUAUGAUGAUAUGAUGAUUGAUGGAGUUCAGCCUUCGAGAGAUACAUUUCAUCCUUUGAUUGCCGGAACGAUGAAAGGUGCUCGGUUACAGGAUGCUUUCUUCUUUAGAGAUGAAAUGAAAGCAAUGGGUUUGCUACCUGAUGUGACUCUCUACAAUUUCUUGAUUUCCGUUUGUGGAAAAUGCAAGAGAUCAGAACAUGCAAUUCAAAUAUUGGAGGAGAUGAAGAGAAAUGAAGUGAAACCAACUGGACAAACCUUCAUCUGUCUGCUUAAUGCAUGUGCCGCUACAGGAAAACUAGAUCGAGUGUAUGCUAUUGUCCGUGAUAUGACUGCAGCUGGGCUUGGAUUGAACAAGUUUUGUUAUGCUGGUCUUAUUUCUGCCCAUAAGAACAGGGUACCUGUGGCUGAUGAUACAGCUGCAAAAAUUAUUGAGCUGGUUGAGCAGUCUAAGGGAUGGUCCUCACCAGAACAGAUGGGACCUACAGCUGAGAACGUAAUGAUGGGUGUUUUUCCUGAAGACUUGUAUAACCUCCCCACUGCAGAAUAUUUCAAUAGACGUGGUGGGUUUGUGGAUAAGAGGCUAACUGUUUAUCAUGCGGCAUCUCAUGCUCUAGCGGAUCUUCGCAAUGUAGAGGCAAUGGAAACUCUUCUAAGGAUGCUUGAACGAGAUAACAACCGUCCUGAUGCUUUUACAACCAUGCAGGUUAUGAGAUGCUACUUGCAUGCGGGGGAUCUUGAUCGUGGUUACCAAGUAUUUGAGGAGUUCAUGAAUUCUGGGAGGCCACCAUAUGUUGAAUUAUAUGUGACUCUUGUUGAGGGAGCCAUGGUGGGCUAUACCCCUAAGGGUAUGCAAAUAGCCCAGGAUGCCCUGGUGAAUAUGACCUCGAAAAACGUUUUCUUGAAUCCUAGAAUGGCUAGUGAUCUCCUCCUCAUUGCAGCUGGUGAAAAGACUGGUGGAUAUACCACAGCUAAUUAUUUGUGGGAUCUGAUGCAAGCUAGGAACGUUGUUCCUUCUCAGCCUGCUGUGGAAGCGUACUUUGAUGGUUUAAGAGAACGCGAGAUACCUAAAGAUGAGCCACGGCUGCUUAAAGUAAUCGAGAUCCUAGAUAAUUAUCAAGCAAGAUUUAAUUCGCGCUCUUGAAUGCCAUCAAAGCUGUGAGAUUAAUUUAGAAGGAUUAAUCUUUUGACAAUCACAUUGUUGCUGCUCUGUUAGUUUGGAUUACUGACUAACUAUGUUGUUUGAGUGGUGAAAGGCUUACUGGUUAUAGUGGUUUUGCAUAAUAGGUACAGCUUUGGCUGUAAUCAAAAUUCUUGCUAAUCCUCUCAUUUUCUUAAACUGUUACUACUUAAGAUUGAAUUUUUGGAUUUUUGUUUUUGUAACAAAUGAACCCUAGGAUUAAAGUGACAAAUUAUAGCUGUAAAAGUUAUAUAGCUAGCUAAAUUCUACAAUUAUAUGUUCUUUGGGUUUCAAUUAUAUAUUCUUUUACUAUA